UCAAUAUGUUUAGGUUAGGUUUUUAGACGACAGAUGCUGUAAAGUUAACUUCACAUAAUUUUUGAAAAUCUGACCGAAUCCACUUUGAAUUUGUCAUUUGAUCCCCGCAACUUCAAAUUCUGAAUCCAGUUACCUUCCCAAAUCAUCAAUCAAGCAUCACUAUGCCAAGCAAGAAAAAAAAAUACAACGCCAGAUUCCCUGCUGGACGCAUUAAGAAGAUAAUGCAAACAGAUGAAGAAGUCGGAAAAGUGGCGCAAGCAGUUCCUGUCAUUAUCUCUCGCACUCUGGAACUCUUUGUUGAGUCUUUGUUGACCAAAGCUGUUCAAAUAACAACAUCCAGGAAUGCCAAGACUUUAAGUACAUCUCACAUGAAACAAUGUAUAUUAUCAGAAACCAGAUUUGAUUUUUUAAAAGACUUAGUGAAAUCAUUGCCGGACAUAUCAAUUAGUGAGGAUGAUGGAGCUCAGAAUGAAACUAGUUCGAGCUCUGGUGUUAGAAGACAGUCGAGUAGUACAACAAGUGAACCUGUGAUGGUACCUGAACCAAUAGCCGUCAGCUCAAAGCUGACCAGUCACAAUAAACCAAAUUUCUACAGAGAAAUAUCAACUUCUGAAGCAACUCCUCAGCCUGUGCUUCAACCUCCUGUUGUCUCCUAUGCAUUAAGCAGUAGUAGUUCAUCUCUUCUCAUUGAUGAAGACUACGAUACGUAACAACCAUACUUUGGCUAGCUUUUCCAAACUAUUCAUUUCAGGUCAUGCCAGUCAGUCAAAAUGUGUUUCCACUUUAUGUCCUCCUCCUCUAACCUUUGCUUCUAAGCUGUGUGAAAACUUGAGAUCUUUGCAAACUACGCUCCGGUGAAAGAAGAAAAAUCAUGAUCAGUGAAGCAAAAUUCUCAUGCCGUUUUAUUUGCCUUAGUUAUUCUCUUGUCUGAAACUUUUACUUGUAAAAUAUAUGAAUGAGCAUAACUGUAAGUAUUUAAUGAUUUAGAUUUCUCUUUAAACUAUCGAGGUUCAAAAAAUGAAAAUUUGAUUUCUUGACUUUUGAUACAUGUCUUUACCUUUUUUAUGAGUCAAAUAAAGUAACAAUAGAGAAAUAAAAACACAAAACCUGUA